GUGAAGCAGCUUAGGAUCAAAGUUCUUUUUCUCGAGAAGACAAGGGAGUAGUAAAACACCCUUUCUGUUUGGUGCUGCUGGAUUUGUUCUUUGUCAGCUCCUUCUCGGUCGCUGUACCUAAAUGAUGCCGAAAAAAACGUCGUUGCUGUCUCGAUUCACUUUUGCUCUGGUUGAGAUCUCUCUCUAUUCUUUCCUGCUAGAAUCCACCCUCCUUCCCGUUGCUUCCUUCACAACAACGACAACCCUGCUGUAUACUUCUGGUAAAACCGAUAUAGUUGGAUUUCCCGUUGCAUCCACACUAUCCUUCUCCUACCGACGUUCUCAGACUUGCAGGGCAUCUGCGGAGAGCGCCGGGAAUCAACAGCAAACAGGCGAAGUGCCUCUGGAAAACUUUCGUCAGAUGGUCUCAUCGUCAAUCGUAGCACCAACGUCGAUGCCCGUCGAUCGCUCAACACUGACUUUACUCGAACAUGUAAAUCUGAACGUUCCAUCACAAGAGUACGUCUUGCCCUUUUACUUUGAUUUGCUGGGAUGUGGCAUGGACCCUCGCAAGGCGGAGAACCUAGCACCCGAUGCCCCAAAGAAAACCUUGUGGGCCAAUUGUGGAGCCUCGCAAUUCCAUUUGCCUUACGGUGCUACCCCGCAACGGAUUCCGGGACAUAUCGGAUUGCGAUACGAUAGUCUGGACGGACUACGUUCGCGGUUAGUGGAACAAACAGCCUUGCGCGAUGCAAACAAGAAAAACGAAGAUGAGGACACGAAAGACCCUAUCGUUAGGGAUGUAGCCAUGGGGGUUGACUUCCGGACGGGACAUGAAUACAUCAAACUGGUGGAUCAUUACGAUAAUGUCUUUUAUUGUAGGGCUGGUGGCAGUGUCGUCGAUUUUCGUUGGCAGCAACCCUUUAUUCGAGCAUCAGAGACGAAUGCUUGGGAUAACGUGGCGACCAGAUUUGGAAUGGACGAGACUGAUUGCCGGGGCCUGGAUUACAUUGAAUUCAAAUGCCCACGGGGUACCGCCGAAAAGAUUGCCUUGUUUUACGAUUCCGUCUUGGACGCCACUACGAGCGUUAUAACGGACGACGAAGGUCAUAAUCCCACCCAGGUCGCGAUUAUUGCAUUUGGUCAUAUCCAGGCCAACGGAAAGGCCGACCAGUCAUUGAUCUUUCGCGAGACAGACGAGACCUUACCUCCCUACGAUGGCCAUCACGUGGCCAUGUAUAUUGGCGAAAAUGCUGCCGACUUUGAUCAGGCGUUCAAGAAUGCCAAAUUGGCCAAUGUCGUCUGGGUUAAUCCACGCUUCAGUGAUAAAGCCGAUACUUUAGAGGGUGCAAGGCAUUGGAAACAAUUUCGCUUUAAGAAUAUUGUGGACAUGGAGACUGGCGAAACAAUUUUUGAGCUGGAACAUGAAAUGCGAUCCAUUGAGCACGAGGCCUGGCCUGGACCACCAUUAGCAACCUCAUGA